AUGAAGAUAGGUAUAUAAUCAAUUAAUUAUAAUAGCCCCUAUUCUUUAUUUGAUACUUUAAGGAAGUACUUUAUUGAUUUUUAGCAUACUCAAUCCUUAAUUCUUUGAUUAUUCAACAAUUUCUUUUUAUUAUUUUGCUUUUGUCAUGAUAUUUUCCUUGAUAUUUUAUGGUUUGACUUCUUUCAAAGAUGUAAAUAACAUAUUAUAAGUAUUAGCCUGGCUAUCUGAUGAUAAGGAGUCCUAAUAAUACUGAUUGUUCUAAUUAAAUGACAUAAAAACGCAAAAUAUUUUAAUUUUCAACCUUGCCUUCUAAUGCUAGAACUUAUCCUAUAAUAGAAUAACAAAACCCAAUUUAAGAAUAAAAAUCAGAAAAUGAAUAGUAUAUAUUUAAAAAUAUUUGAAAGAGAAUUACCAUGUGAAGCAUCUUUAGAUAUUAAUCAAUUACCUGAAUUUGAUAUGAAUUAGAUUCCAUCUUUUACUAAAACUCCAGAUAAAUAUCCAUCUCCUAAUAAAUAGAAUAAUCAACAAAAAAUAUUCUAAGAUUUUGAUACCAAAUAGGCAUCAACAUAAGCUUUUUCAAUAACAAGUUAAAUUGAACAUGAAACUAUUGUUCCUAUUAACAAUAAUGAUAAAUAAAAAGAUAUUGAUAUAUAAAAAUAAGAAGAGAAUACUUCUUAAAAGAAUAAAAAUGAAGAAAAAAUAAUGAAUAAGAAUCUUUAACCAUCUCUUACAAUAUAAGUACAUUCUGUUUAAAAUGAAUUUAUAAGUGAAUAAUAUUCACCAGGAAUGUCUGAGAGAAACAAAAUAACUUAAUCAACAAGAGCAGUCAAUAAGAUAUUAAUAGAAAAAAGGUUCAACAUUUUAAUAAUAGAUUAGAUAUUGUCCAAUUUGUUCAAUAGAUUAAUUAGCAAGAGCAAAACAUUGUUAAUCAUGUAAAAAAUGUGUUGCUUGUUAUGAUCAUCAUUGUCCUUGGGCUGGUAAUUGUAUUGGAGAAAGAAAUAGAUGUGUUUAUUAUUGGUUUUUAGUAUUUUAGAUUUAAGAAAUCUAUUAUGCAUUUAUUAGUGUAUUAAAUUUUAAUAAAUUAGAUUUUAGACAUUACAAAAUUUAGAAUUUAAUAAUUACAAUCAUCUUUUUAAAUUCUUUUCAAUUUACUUUUUUACAAUAAUAAUAUUUUUUGGUGUUUUAGUAACAAGAUUAUUAUGUUUUUAAACAUUUCUUUCAUUUUAAAAUUUAACAACUUGUAUUUUAUAUAAUUANAUAAUCAAUUAAUUAUAAUAGCCCCUAUUCUUUAUUUGAUACUUUAAGGAAGUACUUUAUUGAUUUUUAGCAUACUCAAUCCUUAAUUCUUUGAUUAUUCAACAAUUUCUUUUUAUUAUUUUGCUUUUGUCAUGAUAUUUUCCUUGAUAUUUUAUGGUUUGACUUCUUUCAAAGAUGUAAAUAACAUAUUAUAAGUAUUAGCCUGGCUAUCUGAUGAUAAGGAGUCCUAAUAAUACUGAUUGUUCUAAUUAAAUGACAUAAAAACGCAAAAUAUUUUAAUUUUCAACCUUGCCUUCUAAUGCUAGAACUUAUCCUAUAAUAGAAUAACAAAACCCAAUUUAAGAAUAAAAAUCAGAAAAUGAAUAGUAUAUAUUUAAAAAUAUUUGAAAGAGAAUUACCAUGUGAAGCAUCUUUAGAUAUUAAUCAAUUACCUGAAUUUGAUAUGAAUUAGAUUCCAUCUUUUACUAAAACUCCAGAUAAAUAUCCAUCUCCUAAUAAAUAGAAUAAUCAACAAAAAAUAUUCUAAGAUUUUGAUACCAAAUAGGCAUCAACAUAAGCUUUUUCAAUAACAAGUUAAAUUGAACAUGAAACUAUUGUUCCUAUUAACAAUAAUGAUAAAUAAAAAGAUAUUGAUAUAUAAAAAUAAGAAGAGAAUACUUCUUAAAAGAAUAAAAAUGAAGAAAAAAUAAUGAAUAAGAAUCUUUAACCAUCUCUUACAAUAUAAGUACAUUCUGUUUAAAAUGAAUUUAUAAGUGAAUAAUAUUCACCAGGAAUGUCUGAGAGAAACAAAAUAACUUAAUCAACAAGAGCAGUCAAUAAGAUAUUAAUAGAAAAAAGGUUCAACAUUUUAAUAAUAGAUUAGAUAUUGUCCAAUUUGUUCAAUAGAUUAAUUAGCAAGAGCAAAACAUUGUUAAUCAUGUAAAAAAUGUGUUGCUUGUUAUGAUCAUCAUUGUCCUUGGGCUGGUAAUUGUAUUGGAGAAAGAAAUAGAUGUGUUUAUUAUUGGUUUUUAGUAUUUUAGAUUUAAGAAAUCUAUUAUGCAUUUAUUAGUGUAUUAAAUUUUAAUAAAUUAGAUUUUAGACAUUACAAAAUUUAGAAUUUAAUAAUUACAAUCAUCUUUUUAAAUUCUUUUCAAUUUACUUUUUUACAAUAAUAAUAUUUUUUGGUGUUUUAGUAACAAGAUUAUUAUGUUUUUAAACAUUUCUUUCAUUUUAAAAUUUAACAACUUGUAUUUUAUAUAAUUAUAUAAAAAUAGGGGAAUUUUAUAGUUGGAAUAAGAUAUCUUAUUUGUAAGAAUUAAAAAGAAAGAAUGGAUCUCCAUUUAGUUAUGGAUGGAUAAAUAAUAUAUAAAUAUAUUGUAGAUUUAAAAUACCAUAACUAACAAUUUGGGAAUAUAACCCAGAGAGAGUUUAUAAAUGA